AUGCCGGAUAGAUGCGCCUCCCCGGGGGUAAAAGCCAGCGCAGCGCCCAUCCAGCGCGCGCACGUCCUGGGGCUCGCGCCGCUGCCGGCCGAGCCGACGCGGCUGUACCGCGACGCGCACCGCGUCGUCCUCAAAGCCAAGGCGCCGUUCGCGGGCUACGUCCGAGAGGUCCGGCUGCGGCUGCACGGCCGGCCGGCGGGGCCGGCGGACGGGAGCGGCUGGGACGUGUGCUCGUACAGCACGCGGGCGGGCGCCAUGGGCGAAUCGCAGGGCUACCUCGUCGAGGAGCGCCGGCGGGCCAUCCGCGUGGCGCACGUGCUCGGCGCGGAGCAGACGGUGCGCGUGGCGCCGCCCCUCUACCUGGAAGCGGGCCAGUACGUCGGCGUCCAGAACAGCUCCGGCGACCUGUGCGCCGGGUGGCGGGCCGGCUGGGGGCCGGGGGGCCGGGGCGGCCUGUGCCUGUCCCUGGACGACGAAGGCGAGCACGGCCAGUACGUCUGGAAGUUCGAGGGGGGCGUGGCCUCCGAGCGGGGCUGGCCCCGGGGCCUGCUCGAGACCGCGGGGCGGCUGAAGGAACGGCACGUGGGCUUUUGCGCCAUGCUAAGUGGAGGCGCCGCGGCCGCGGCCGAGGCCGUCGUGCAAGCGCCCGUCCAGGCGCGCCUCGUCGAGGGAGCCCAGACCAUGCCUGACGAGGCCUUCAGCGCCCGUCUCGCUGUACAUCGCCUGCGGACGGAGUCGGAGGAGUUCGCGGUCAACACAGUCAGGUCGAGCUCGCCGGACGGCGGAUUGGUCGACAACCUGGCACCCCUGGCGCGCCACGCCCUGAAAUACGGCGAAUUGGUGGUCUCGGCCGGAAGCGUCGUGGACGCCGAUGUCGACGCGAUCGUGAACGCGGCCAACAAGAGCUGUCUCGAAAGGGGCGGCGCAGACGGGGCGAUCGCUCGAGCCGGAGGAGCGUUGUUAGCGGAGAAGCGGCAGGCCUUACCCAUCAUCAGCGGCGGCGACAAGCGCUGCGAGGUCGGCGACGCCGUCGUCACCACGGGCGGGCCCUUUGGGUUUCUGGCGUGCUCCGUCGUCAUCCACGCCGUCGGGCCCGACUACCGGAAGCUGGACGCCAACACGCGCGGGGGCGACGACCUCCUGCGCGACGCCUACCUCGCGGCGAUGCGGCGCGCCCAGGAAAAUCACUGCAAGACGGUCGCGUUUACUCUGUUGUCGGCGGGUAUCGGUCGAGGGACGCGGUCGUUGGAGAACGUGCUCGAAGUGGCGGUGCGCGCUAUUGGCGACAUGGCUUAUCCAGGUCUCCAGCGGGUGCACCUCGUCGCCUUCAGCCCAACCGAGCAGGAGGUCCUCCAGCGCGUCGCGAAGUUGUUGCUGGCGGGCGGGCCCGUGCCGCGCCGCUUGCCGCCACAGCGGCAAGCGAGCAGCGCGGUUUUGGCGAACCGCGUCGUCAUGCUGCAGAGCGAGCCGUUGAACAAUUCGACUGUGUACGCACGAGAUCGAGAAAUACCACUAGGGAAGAUCGGCGGAUUGGAUCUAGAGGGCGAGGCCAACAAACUCCGGCAGGCGCUGCGCGAAGCCGCAGCUUGCGCGAACGUUGACGUCGAGCUCCAGGUCCGCACCGCCACCGUGGACGCGUUCCAAUCGGCCGUGACGCUGGGGGCGCGCGUGGUGCAUUUUGCCGGCCACGGCAAAGAAGGGAUUAUGAUGUUCGAAGACGGCCACGGCGGCGCGCACGCCUUGGAGGCCAAGGCGCUGCGGAGGUGUGUGUCAGCCUGUGCGGCUGGGACAUGCAAAUUGGUGGUGUUGAACUCGUGCAAGAGCGAAGAUGUUGGGCGAGCGUUCGUGGCCGCGGGCGUGGAACACGUGGUCGCCGUGGCGCAGGACCAGAACAACGGUAGGAUUUCCGAUCGCGCGGGCAUAGAAUUUUGCCGGGCGUUCUACCGAUCUCUGGCGAUUAUGGAUUCGGUGCGCACAGCCUUCGACAUCGGUUGCGCCGCAGCGCAGAACACGCGCAAGAACAUGACUUCGGACGGACGCUUCGUACUGCUCCCGGAGGACCAACCCCACGACGAGCCCAUCUUCUCCGAGAUCCCCGGGUCGUUCCGCGAGACGACGCCGCCGCCGGUGCCGUCCAACGCGCCGCCGCCGCCGACGUUUUUCGUGGGCCGGGAUUCCGAGUUGUUGGUCUGCCUCGAGUCCAUCCUCAACCAUCGUCUCACAACGAUCGGCGGGCGCUACGGCUCCGGCAAGAGUGCUUUGGCGGCAAAAGCGGCGGCCUACGUGCGACAUCAUCGGAAAUUCGACGCUGUGGUCUGGGUCGAAGCCACGACGCACGACCGCUUCUUCGACGACGUGACAGGGGCGGCGGCGUUCAUCAACACCUCCACGCUGGCGGACCUGGCAAGCGCCGGGAGGGUCCUCGUGGUCCUGAACGAUUUUGAACGACUCGUCACAGCCGGCGACGAACAAAGAGCGAGAGAACGCUGUCGCUUGUUACUGCAGGGUCUACUGGAAGCGUGCUCGAACAUAAGAGUGCUGCUGACGUGCUCGUCGGGCUCGGGCAUCGGCCUCGUGCGUGGCGUCACGGAGCAGCCAGUCAGCCUGGGGCCAAUGGCGCCGGGCGACACCGCGCUCUUACUCCUGCAGAGGUGUACCGAGCUCAAGCGCCGCGUCACGAAUCCCUACACGCCGCUACCUCCCAAAACUGCGCCGCACGAUGUGGUCGUCGCGUGCGCGUUGCAUCCGUUCAUAAAACGUCUCAAUGGGCUGCCGUACGCGGUCCUGCUAGCGGUGGCUAUUCUGAACAAGCUCUUCGCGGCGGAAAGGGCGGAAAAGGAGGCGUGUGAAGCCGCGGGCGCGAGCACGCCGCCGCCGCCGCCGUCGCGCGAACCGCUGGACCGCGCCUUGCGCGUGCUCGAUGAACCGGAUGUGUUCGACGCGGACCUCCGGCGGUUCCGCGACGAGCUCAACUACGUGGUCCUGUACGGGCGGGGGUAUCGGCCCGAGCCCGAAGAUACCUCCACGCCCGCGCCCGAAUUCCGCGCUCGGAUUCCCGGAGGGCUCGUGCUCGCCGGGUUGGCGGCCCUCGUGGCCGGCUACGCGCUCGGUCCGACGGCCUGGACGACGACGCGCAUCGCGCCGCCGCCUCAGAUCGAGUUCGCCGACGACGCAUUGCGGCGGUUCGUCGAACAGAACGGCCUGAGCGCGUACGCGGCGGCCAUUUUGGGUGUGGCCGACUCGCUCGACGACUUGGUCGAGGCGACGGAUGAAGAUGUGGACGAGCUCGCGGCGGAGACGGGUAUGCCGAAGCUCAAGCAAAGGAAGUUCAAGCGAGCGCUCGCAGGCCUGCGCGGCGCGACGUAG